GUAGCAAUUUAGCCAAUCAGUGAUUCUUGAGAAUAGGGACAAAACAGGUCCCAUGGAUAAAGUACAAAAUUUGAAUAAAAUAUACACCAAAUAUAUAUUUUUUAAAUAUCUGACUAAACUAACCUGGGUCAUCUGAGCACAACAAUGUAUGUUUUCCUGGUGUUUGCUGAAUAUUUUUUUAUUUUAAACAUUGUAGUAGGUGAAUGGUGUCUGUAAAAGCCCUUGUCCUGGUGUAGAACUCAAUACAUUAUCAUAGUUUAAAAGAACUAAAAUAAUUAUAUUUAGUUGUCAUAAUAUAUUAUUUUAUAAGUAUUCAAACAACUAACUUCAUAACUAUCAAUGAAUGCAAUUAAAAGUCAUUUAAUGUAUUUUCAAAUUCAAUUGAAAUUGUGUCCUCAGUUUUUGUCAACACCGUCAGACAUAGAAAGAAUGUGAAAAAAAUCAGGCAUUAUUGAAGGGCACCAGAAAUUCUGAGGACCCCAUGACCACUUCCUUUCUCUUCCUGUGCUUGGGGGGAUAAGCAGCUCUGGCUACAAUGGCCAGAGAAAAGCUGUCAGUGGAGGAGCGCAAGAGAAGGAACAGGGAGUAUCAGAAAAGAAGGAGAGAAAAAAUAAAUAGCCAGCCUGAGCUGAAGGAAGAGUUUUUAAGAAAGGAAAGGAAAAGAUGGAGACAGAGAGUGGAAGAGGGAAAAAUAAAACAUAUCAAUAAUCUGGGUGAAAGAGAUAAGAGACGUAAGAGAAGACUUUGGAAGCAAAAACAAAAGGAGGCAAGAGAACGCAGAAGUACAAUCCUGUCACUAUGGACAAAAUCUCCCGCAGAUCACACUUCACACAGGCAUGUUCUACACUGGGCAACAAAAAGCAGGAUUCUGCACAAUCUCGGAGUCAAAGCGUCAGGAUGCUGCAGCCAUAUGGACCUAUAUGGAUCAAAUCCUCACAGAUAUUCACAUCAGAUAUCCGGCUAUAAACACUAUCCACUUUUGGUCUGAUGGUCCAAGCAAACAAUAUAAAAAUAAGAAGAACUUCUUUCUCCUCUGUGUUGUCCCGCAACGUCUGGGAUUUGAGAAAGCUACAUGGAAUUUCUUCCCAACAUCACAUGGCAAAGGCGCUCCAGAUGGCAUUGGGGCGACGGUGAAGAGAUGUGCUGACAGUAUUGUGCUGAGAGGUCAGGAUAUCAUAGAUGGCAAAUUAUUCUUUGACAAGGUGUCCAACAGCUUAAGUGGUGUCAAGCUGCAAUUUGUGACAAAUGAAGAUUUUCAGUCUUAUGACUCUCUCCUCCUGCAAACCCUGAAAUCAAUUCCAGGAACAAGAAACAUUCACCAAGUGCUAGCUCAGGGGAAUGUCAUCCAUUGUAGGUUCCUUUCAUGUUUUUGCGGAGAGCCACAGAUUUGCAAGUGCUUCAGUCCCACCAUUCACUCUUUUGGCAACACAACACAGGACCCAGAUGUCCAUGAAAGUUCAACCACUGCUAAAGUUCAAAAUCCUCUGGAAAUGCUGAUGGAGGAAAUGGAGAAGGAGCCGAGCAAGACACCUAAAGGAACAACAACCCUGAUAGAUCCUUGUGAUGUCCAAAGUGAAGACUGGCUUGUUGUGAUGUAUGAUGGAAAAUGGUGGCUGGCUAAAGCCUUACAAAUUGACAAAGAGCACGAAGAUGUACAAGUGGAAUUUUUUCAUCCUCAUGGACCAACUCUUAGCUUCAAGCAAAAACAAGGUCGUCGGGAUAUCUGCUUUGUGCCAUUUUCGGAUGUCCUAGUUAGGCUGAGAAAACCAUCCUCACCAGUCCGCACAAGCAGCACCAGGGGUGUAUACCGCAUUUCACCAGCUGUUAUGGAUUUUAUUGAAGGAGAAUAUGUGACACGUCUAUUGCCUGGGGAUUAAAUAUUCUGACUUUUAAGCGAUUUAGAAAGAUAUGAAUUAGUUCACAAUAUAUUUCAAAAAGUUCUGUCGUGUAUAUUUUUGUUUGUAUUCAUCUUUUACAUUUUGAUUGAAAAUCGUCCUGGUUGAUGACUUCAGUGACAAAGGUACAUUCUCAAAAAUUUAGAUGUUCCUUGAAAUCUAAAUAUGGUUAUUUCACAUUUUUUCUUCAUAUCUUCACAUUCUACAACAUUUCAGCAUUUAAUUCUUCUUAAAUGUCAUUUCAAGUUCAGUGUUUUCUUUUUACUUACUAGUUUGUCACCACCAUCAGUUUUGUGUCAACACCGUCAUGUGCCGUCAACUCUGUCAGAUGUAGUUUAUGUUGCAUUUUGUUUAAAAUAACAUUUAUUUUGUUUCUUGAUAGGCAUUUGUUUGUGAAAUGUCUGAAUUCAUGUAUUUGGUGCAUAUGUGUUUUUUACUAAUAAAUGACACUGUUCAUUGUGGUGAUUACUUUCAAAAUUGUUUUUUGUAUCAAUUGAACUGGAGUAAUUAAAUACAGACUAAAUAAAUGUUUAAAUUGUGGUAUGAUUAAUUUAAAAAACAUGGACAUAAUUAAAAUAAUUAAGACACCACAGAGAGUAAAAAUAUCAGUCAUAAGUUCAUUAAA